CUAAAAGGUCUGCCAUCGAUAGAACAAAUUUGGAGGAUAAAUGGAAAAACAUGGAGUUACCCCCUUUUGAUGGAAAAUUAUUAACAAACGAGAAAAGAUAUAGAGAUGGUUGUCAUCUUGAAGAAAUAUGGCAGAGUAAAUGGCUAAUUCUAGAGACCAUCCUCGAGUAACAUCUGACAU